UUAAAAAUCUCGUCGGUAUAGUAUAACACGUCCUUCCCCAUUUCAGAAACGUCGAUCACUCCCGCUUUACCCAAAUUACUUCUCAACCACACCCAUCUCCACUCCACUUCCUCUUCACUUUCACACGUCUGACAAAGCCGGAGCACAAUCCUAUAUACUUUCCUAUAUUCCAAGCGCGUCUCUACCACGUUCUUCGUAGAUGGUCCCAUACAUCAAGCGCGUGCACGUCCUCACCUACAACUAAGAUUUAAACCCUCCGCACCUCAGUUCUAAACUUUACCAACUACACCACCACCUUACUCAAUCUCUGUCUCUAAGCUAUGGCAAAGUUUCCGAAAUCACAACCCAAACUUGUCUCACUUCUCCUUCUCCUCCUCCUCUUCUUGUUCUCACUGCGCCACUCCUCCGCCGCUUACUCCAUCGGCGUCAACUAUGGCACCGUCGCCAACAACCUCCCACCGCCUUCCCAAGUGGCCAACUUCCUCAAAACCCAAACCACCAUCGACCGCGUCAAGAUCUUCGACGCCAACCCUGACAUCCUCAAAGCCUUUGCCAACACCAACAUCUCUCUCACCGUCACCGUCGGAAACGGCGACAUUCCAGCCCUUUCCAAACUCCCCGCCGCCCAGUCCUGGGUGGCCAAUAAUAUCCUCCCAUUUCACCCUCAAACCAAAAUCAACAUCAUCGCCGUUGGUAACGAAAUCCUCGCCACAUCAGAUAAGAGCUUAAUCGCUCACCUUUUGCCCGCCAUGAAAGCUUUGAAGUCAGCCUUGGACUUAGCAAACGUGACUGAUAUUCAUGUCUCCUCGCCACACUCGCUUGGGAUUUUGUCAUCUUCGGAGCCACCGAGUUCGGGUCGGUUCAGACGCGGGUACGACAAGCUUAUAUUCGCUCCGAUUCUCGAUUUCCACAGGCAAACCAAGUCGCCCUUCUUGGUUAACCCGUACCCGUUCUUCGGCUUCACAGCACGGACUUUAAACUACGCGCUGUUCAAACCGAACGGUGGCGUUUUCGACAACGUCACGGGUUUAAACUACACCAACAUGUUCGAUGCGCAGCUUGACGCUGUUUACUCGGCGAUGAAGAAGGUUGGAUAUGGUGACGUGGACAUUGUCGUUGCCGAAACCGGAUGGCCCUCUGUGGGUGACCCGACCCAACCCGAUGUGAACUUGGCCAACGCGUUGUCUUAUAAUGGGAACCUCGUGAAACACGUGAAUUCAGGGAAAGGAACUCCGUUGAUGCCAAACAGGACCUUCCCGACUUACAUUUUCGCUUUGUUCAACGAAAACCUUAAACCGACCACCUCGGAGCAGAAUUACGGGCUGUUCAAGCCGGAUUUGACACCGGUUUACGACGUGGACAUUUUAAGGGAUAAGCAGGCACUGGGUCCCAGUCCUACACCUGGUAAUGCAACAGGGCCAUCAUCAUCAGGUGGUGUUCCGGAGGGGAAUACUACAACAUCUACAUCAACAUGGUGUGUGCCCAAAUCUGACGCUAGCGAUGAGGCUCUCCAAGCGAACAUAGACUACGUGUGUAGCACAGGAGUGGACUGUAAGCCAAUACAAGAUGGUGGGCCCUGCUUUAAUCCAAACACUGUGAGAUCACACGCUUCCUACGCUAUGAAUGCUUACUAUCAAAACUCUGGUCACCAUCAAUUCGACUGUGAUUUCAACAACACCGGUGUUAUCUCCUACACUGACCCCAGUUAUGAAGCUUGUACGUACAGUUUCCAAGGGAAAAAGUUGGAGAGCUCGUUUGCUGGAGGCUCGUUGAAACGUUGUUCCAUGGUAAAAAUAUUUGUUGUAUUAGUUUGCUAUAUGAUACUACACUCUUUUACUUUCUAAUUUACUGGUUUUUCAUUAUUGUAAUGUGCGUUAAAUUUGUUUGGUGCGUGGGGUAGGUUAGCUUAGCCUUUUUGUCUUACAACGGUUGAGCACCUGGGAGAAUUAAAUUAUUGCACCAAUUAUGUUGUUUAGAAUUUAUUUAAUAUUUAGUCUCAAGAGAUCCUAUGUAUAGUAAAUAUUUUUUAUAAAAAUCUUGCACGGUAUGUUCUACUCUUUCA